GUUGCUAGGACAUUCUAUAAAGUUGGUCGUUUUUCAGACCUGGAAUAUAUAAUAAAAUGUGCAAUGAGUUCAGCACAGUUUAGCGGCAUCAAAAUCUACCAACGUGAACUCGAUUUUCUUGGUGUAACUGCGUGUUAUUGUAAUGGAAAUUUGACUGCAGCUUUCAAUGUAAUUCGCGUCGUUCUUCUUAGAAACGCAGGUGAGAAACAUUGUAACUAAAAUAAAACGAAACACUACAUGAUUGUUUGUAAUUGAACAAAAAACAAGAUGGCGCUAUUUGUUUGAUUACAACAAACAAGAAAACAAUUAUAAGAUGGCACCUUUAUGCCUAACAUGCAGCAUGUCAUUGAUCUAUUUACGCCUAACAUGUCAUUGAUCUAUUAAGUUAUUCAGACCUACCCUAUACCCGCAGAUUCGAUUACUGCCAAAAGGCCUGCAGUUGCAUAUUCCUGGUUAGGUAUAAUAAAUGUAUAAAAUUUACACCGCUCAAAAUUAUUUUCCAUCUUCAAAACCCUACUAUCAGCCAUUUUUAUGACCUAUAGGGUUAUUACAUGAGGAGUAUAAGAGUGUCCUCUUCUCACUCCACCAACGCACUCUUCAUACUGAACAUGCAAUCUUUUUUAUUUUAUGAUCAUCAUCUAGAUUGUAAACAUCUUUGGAAUAUGUUCGCAAGGAUGAUGGUUGGUAAUGGUGAUUCAAAACAUCAGAAAUUUUGUCUUCGAUUGUUGCUCAAGAAUCCUGAAAGUUUUUCUCUCCAGAUGAUAAAUGGUCACAAUGCUCUCACGUCUGGGAAUUAUAGAUAUGCUUUAGGUAAGGAGACAACACGCUUGAAAAUUACAAGGAUUCUUAUUAAAGUGCAUAUAACUUCAAUCUAUUUAUCUUGA